AUGGUGGUAUACGCGUGUAAACACGAUCAGUUCAAAGAUCCACUGCUUAGCAAGGCGGUGCAGUGGAGCUGUAGCUGGCUUCCUCAGUUCCUGGUUACUGUACUCUUGGUGCUGAAACAGAACAGCCUGCCGUUCGAUGUGAACGCAAAAUUGGGUUCGUACUCUUCCAAUAGCGUAGCACAGAUAGGACCUAUGCACUCUACCUUGAGGCCGGGCACUGAUGUCCCGCCUACCAGGCGCUGGGUUGGGGACAGUGUAUUCGCAGCCAGAGGCAAGCAAGUGGAUCCGAAACUAGACGUAGUACGAAUGAUUGGUGACGAAUACGCAUAUGCUGUGCAGACCCGUGUACCGACACAUUUCACAGAAUGUUUCCAGGCACCGCAUGUGGUGGCAUGCGUGGGGCCUGGCACGUUCGAUGAGAAGCUUUCAAUAGAAUUUUCACAGCCAGGUCCAACCGUUCGAAACAGAAUGCCCGUCGCCGUUUGUUGA